AUGCCGAAGGUGAGUGAGAAACUUUCCAUCAUAAAUCCUAAUCCGGCCGCUCGCACUCGCAUACUUUUACGACCUUUUUUUCGCUUGUUCGCUUGCUCUUUCCAGAAAGCCAAAAGUCCGAAAGUUUCGCCGGAAGAAUUGCUCGAGGCCCUGCGGCAGGCGCAGGAGGAACGCUAUGCGGAGGAGCAGGACCGGCUGCACGGGAAGGUGGCCCUCGAGCUGAAGGAAUACAACCAGCGCCGCAUGCUGCUCGUCGAGACGGUCAAGUUCUUUCGCCGGCUCGAAAAGGCAGCGCUCGACCACGAACGACAGCAGGCGGAGCGGAAAGAGUGGACCGAUUUCCUGGCCUGCCGGACCGCACCGGACCCGGCCAGCCCGCCGCUGCUGCGCGAGGCGCUGUACCGGUGGCGCUUUCAGCAGGAAGCGCUCGAAAAGAGUUCGGUCAGCUGGACGCUGGCAGCGGACGAACGGAGCCCAUUGACGCAAGACCCGAGCCGGAAGCGAACGACGAGAAAAGAUCUGAGGGAAGUCUUCCGGAACAUAGGCGGCCUUUACUUGCCCACCGUCCGGGAGGCGCUGGCCGUGCUGGCAUCGAUCCAGGACAGUGUGCAAGGCAAGGGCCCGCGGCACGAAACGAUGCCCGCCGAGGUCGCGCUCGCCCGGGACGAAAUCCGGAAGUUCAUUAGCGAUUCGCUGGACAGGAUGACCUUUCGCAUUGGCAGUAACAUCGCCCGGGAUAUGGAGACUUUGGAUCCUGUGAUGAGUGAUUUCCACUUCCAGGAGGACGAUGUGCUGUCGAUGUAUCUGUGGAGCUUUCGUCCGGAUCCACUUGCGCCCGAUUAUAAUCAGCUUAUGAAAGUUAUCGACAUGGUCCCGCUGAGCUUGGUGCUGCAUCGACCCCCGGCACUGGAUCUGAAGGACUGCCUAAUCCGUGGAAUGUGGCUGGAGUUCGAUCACCACAGCAAUAUGGACCCGACGCACACCAUCCCAGCGCUGGAACCGACGGUGGAGCUGAUCCCUGCCCAGGAAGCGGAGUGGAUCGAACGGCAGGAAGUGAAGCGGAAGCGACUGACAGCGCUGCGGAAGCUACGGGAAGAUUACGAUGCCGAGCAGUGUCGUAAACAGGCCGAGGCGGAAGCGCUCGAAGCUCAAAAAGGGGGCAAGGACACGAAGACGCCUGCCGCCGCCGCCCCGAAAGCCGGUGGCAAAAAGGGCAAGUCACCAAAGCAGCCACCGGUCCCGGAGCCGGAGCCAGCGGUGAUUACGGACGAGACCGAGGUUGACAUUGACGCCGAGUUUGAGCGGCAGGAAGCGGAUCGAUUUUGGGACACUUUAGCGAGCGUUUCGCCGAAAGCGCGACCCCUUCGGCCGGGUUACAUCAACCUGCGCGAGUAUGCCAUCGUCGGUGGCGUGUUCAAGCUGGCCCGGUUCGACAGGCUGCCCCAGCCGAUGGAGCCGAGGCCCGAUUUCAUCUACACCAACGUUCCGGAUGGUUUGCAGCUGACGGAAAAGGGAUACCGAGCGCUGGAGCCCGAAGGGUUGAUUAAAAUUGAGCUCCAACUGCCGGCCCACUGUCACUGGUGGGAGGAGCCGACCGUCUGCUGGUGGGAGCGGUGGGAGGAAGGCGAACAGUUUACUCAGCUCACCCCGGAAGUACAACAGUUUCACCUGCAGUAUGACGAAAUCGAGGCCCACAAGGCGACGCUCCUGUUUGCCGCCCCGGAGCAUCGGCUGUCCCGCGCCCUGGUCGGCGAACCGAAGCUCGUGCGAGACUUUAGCCUGAUGGACAUACCGGUGGAGGUGCGGCUGCACUAUCUCAUCCGCGACCACCUGCUGCCGCGCGUACCGGAAGGAUAUCGAUUCCGGGCGGAGCUGAACCGGUUGUACGCCCUGCUGACGGAGCGGACCGCCCGGCGGAAGGCACGCGAACGGGAGCAGAUGGCACGCGACGGGCUGGUGCGCAAGUACGAGCAAUUUCUCACCGACGGUCAAGACGCGGGGCUGUCGGAAAUGCGACUUCCGAUCGAUUCCGAUAUCGACAGCGGCGACGGCACGGAUGGCACGGAGGAGCAGGAUGGCACGGACGCGUUGGUGGCGCAGGAAAUGGAUGAAAAAUUGCAACAAUUUUCAUUGGCAGCAGCGGACGAGGCUGCCCACUAUCUGCAUCCACCCGUGCCGCUCUGCCAGCCGCUUGUGGUGGGCGACAGGUACGACGGUUCGGAGGCCGCCAUCACCGCCGAGCUGAUGCAGGAAAUGGAGGCACUCGUGCGGCGAAUGGAAUCGACGGAUGCAAUGCUGGACAAUGAUUCGAACGAGCGGCUGUGCAAACUGUUCUCCACCUUUCUGCUGCUGCUCGAGUAUCUGCGCGAGAAGGAAAAGCCCAACUUUCCGCCCGUGCCGGUCCCGGGCGAGGAGGCGGAACCGGCGGGCGAUGUUUCCGCGAUGGUUCAGCCCAAGCCCCGGCGACGGUGGCUGGAGAUUCGAACGACAAAAAAGUACCCGCUCGGGCUGGGCGCCGGCCGAACGCGCACACUGUCCGGGGUGAGCGAGGCGUCGCUGGGGCAGGAUGAGAAGAAGAAGCGCAAACGGAGAAAGUCCGCCGGCAGUGUCACGGCCCAGCGGGACAGCACGGCACUGUCGGACGCCCAGCAGGAGCAGGAAGAGCAGGAGGCGAUGGCGCUGAUCGAGCACGAGCCGGGUCGAUGGUCAACGAUGCCAAUCCGCAACCAAUCGUACGAUCCGGAGCGACGGCUGCUAACCUUCACCACGGACCGGCUGGGCGUGUACGGGCUGGCCGCGCGCAAGUACUGCAACAUUCCAUUUGUCCACUGGGACAUGCGACGCCACGGCAGGAUCGCCAACCUUACGACGGCCCUCACGCUCACCACCAAGUCGCUGCAAAUCGUGUUCUACGUCACGGCGCAAGGCUACCGGCUGGCGCUGCAGGAGCACGCGAAGAAGCAGACGAAAAAGUUGUUCCUCGAGGAAGCACCGGCACCGGAAGUGUUGCCACCCGGCGACGGGACAUUCACGCUGGAAGAGCUGGAGAAGUUUCUGCAGCGCAUGAAUGUGCACCUGUUCCCACAAGUGGACACUUGUUUCUACGUCCCCGGCGUGGAGCGGGCGGCGAGCCCGAAGCAUCCGUCGAUGGAAUCGCACAAUCUGCGCUGUCUCGGUGUCUUCUGUCUGACGCACAACUUUCAGUCCUGCCUGUGGAACCGGUACGCCCAUCGACGGACCGCACUCGUGCUGGGCCGCGAGCUCAUCGAGGGACGGAACGAGCCCGAAUUCGGCACCGUCAUGAUAACGCCACUUAAGUCACAGUUCGUCGAGGUGGAGGAGCUGUGCUCGGACGCGCUCGAGCAGAUCCUGCUCGCGUACCAUCCCCGUCCCGAGGAGCAAAGCUACAAUGCCGAUUGCUACGGGCUGCUGAAGGACAGCCUGGAGGAACCGUCCCGCAAGGUGCUGGCAAAAACGCCCGCCCUGCUACAGUGGAACGUCGGCCAGUUGCUGCAGAAGCUCCAGCUGCUCAGCUACUCGUGAGCACACACUCCGAAUUGUAGUGAUUGUAGUGGACUGCCCCCCUCCCC